AUGGACUCCAGCAAUUCAAUUCUUGGUUGUUACAUUUUUAAAUCUAUAAAUCUAAGGCGCUUUAAGACUGAGAAUGCAAACAAAGAUCAAAUAGAAAUAUCAGAUGAUAUCAGUGAUCAGAAAGUAUUUGAAAAAUUAAAAUCAAUUAAUCCAGAUAUUGAUUUAUCUACUAUAGCAGAUGAUGUAAAAAAUUGGGAUGAAGAAUUAGAUAAAUAUAAUUUUCAAGAAAUUUAUGAUUCGCCAGAUCUAUUAUGUACUAGUCUUGUUGUUCCUAUGUACAGCCCCCUAAUUAAAAAUAAAAAUCACAAAUUCAAUCAGACUAAGAAAACAAAAUUAUAUACUUCACUUCCCACAUUUUCUCCAAAAGGUAAUAUUUUGCCCGGUCAAACUUUAUUAAUUUCAAUUUUAGCGUAUCAUCCAUUUCAUGAAAAGAAAAACCAAAUUCCUAAUGAAACAGAUAUUCCAUGUUGUAAAAAUACCAUUCAAUUUUAUGACACACAAACUCUUCAAGAUUUGAAACAAGUAUUCAAGUGUAAAAAUGAAGAAAGUGAAAUCAGCGGAGAUGUUAGUAAUAACAUUCAUAAACCAUUAGAAUUCAUAGAGAACUCAGAUUUGAAGCACGGUUCGUUUUACAUAAAUAAUAACAUUUAUGUUGACUCUUCGCUUGUAUCAAUGGAGUAUACUGAAACAAUGAAAAAAUGGGCUUGUGAUCAUGGACACACUAUUGACAAUAUACUAUCUAUAGAUACACAACUUUUGGAUUUGGAGGUAUGCAUCGGUCAACCGUAUGUUUACCAACAUUUAGGACGUUGUGAACAUCUAUUUAUAUUUAAUGAAAUCAAUAUUGCUAAAUUUAAUGAUUGGCUUAUCCAGUCCAAAUAUCCGAGAGUUGUUAGUGUAGAAAAAGAAAAAUUACAGAAAUGUAUAUUUUGCCGUAAAACUGUAGCUACUAUCGUUAUGCUGAGCGAAAAUGACAGGACUCUACAAACUGUAAAUCAUAUGUGUAAACAUUGUUUUGAAUCGUAUAACUAUGAUGAUUUUGAAUAUGUGAGGACAGAAAAGGGUGUUAGAAGUGGUGAUCGUGUGACACAAUCACUAUUGAGCGCCGUUUUUUAA